GCUUCAGCCAUGUGUGAGAAAGAUCCCAGACUCUGGCUUCUGACCCUGCCUGCCUCCUGAUACCUGACUAUUGGUUUGUCCUCUGGCCCAUCUCGGUCUCUGACCCUCUGCUGCCCAGCUUUGCCUGACUCAUGCUCUGUCCGCAAUCCAAUUGUGACAGUAUCUGGGCUAGUGAAUCUGCAGGACUGGAGCUCUAAUCCCUCAAUUAUGCAAUUAACAUGCACUCUCAGAAUUCAGCGCUGUAAGAUCUCCAUUAAGUUCUAGAUGGAACUGGUUGUUGAAGGUCCAUUUUUAGAAAAGAAGAACUGUUCCUUCACUUUGUGUAAUAAUGCUUGCAAAACAUCUGAGAUGCAGCAGAAUUCUCUUGACACAGGAAGCUCCAUGUUUCCUAGUUUCUGAAGAAGUAGAUAGGGUUAAUCACCCUACUGGUCACAAAAACAGCGAUACAGUUAUCUUCCAUAAGAAGCCUGGUAAAUCAGUUAGCAGCUGAGCACAACAUGGUGAAUAUUCCUUGGAUGCUAGAGAACAGUGAUAGGUUUUCAUUAGAAGUCUACAUAUAAACAUUUUUCAUUGUUUGGAUUUGAUCAGAACUGCAAGAGAGGUGAAACUUGCCAUUUCAUCCCACAACAUAGGUUCUGGUUGUCUAAUCUCUUCUUCCACAUUUUCCCAGUUAACAGGCCAGUGCAAAAUGAACACUUCUACCGGUGAACCGGAGAUGGAGAUACAGACAACAACGUAUUAUUAUGAUCAGGAUGGUGCAGCACCAUGUUCAAAUGAUGUCAAACAUUUUGCAUCCCACUUUUUGCCACCGCUUUAUUCCUUGGUGCUGAUAUUUGGCCUGGUGGGCAAUGUGCUCGUUGUGCUGAUCCUGAUAAAAUACAAGAAGCUGAGAAGCAUGACUGACAUCUAUCUGCUGAAUCUGGCAAUUUCCGAUUUGCUUUUUAUUCUUUCCCUGCCAUUUUGGGCUUACUACGCAGCACGUGAGUGGGAUUUUGGAAAUGCAAUGUGUAAAAUUCUUUCAGGGGUCUAUUUUGCUGGCUUCUACAGUGGAAUGUUUUUCAUAAUACUUUUGACAAUAGAUAGAUAUCUGGCCAUUGUCCAUGCAGUGUUUGCUUUAAAAGCUAGGACGGUUACCUAUGGCAUCCUCACAAGUGUUGUCAUUUGGGGUAUAGCAAUAUUAGCCUCUCUUCCAGGGUUUAUAUUUCAUAGUGUUCAAAAGGAAGGUGCUCACUGGACUUGCAGCUCUCAUUAUCCAUCAAAUUAUGAAAAAGAAUGGAGGCAAUUCCUGAUUUUAAAGAUGAACAUCCUGGGACUUGUCAUUCCAUUUGUCAUUAUGAUCUUCUGCUACAUAGAGAUUAUAAAAAUAUUACUGAGACGUAGGAAUGAGAAAAAACAUAAGGCAGUCAGGCUUAUUUUUAUUGUAAUGAUUGUUUAUUUUAUCUUCUGGACACCAUACAACAUUGUUGUUCUCAUGUACACUUUUCAAGAUUCAUUUUCCCUAAACAACUGUGAGAGCAGCAGGCAGCUGGAGCUAGCAAUCCAAGUGACAGAAGCGAUUGCAAUGUUCCACUGUUGUAUCAACCCCGUGAUCUAUGCCUUUGCUGGUGAAAAGUUUAGGAAAUAUCUUUAUACCUUUUUCCAAAAAGACAUUGCAAUCUACCUCUGCAAACACUGUCCAGCUCUUCAUGGUGAUAAAUUAGAACGGUUUAGCUCCACAUACACCCCUUCCACUGCAGAGCAUGAUAUCUCCAUUGGUUUGUAAAGUGCAUUAGAAAUGUAUCCAGUAAAAGUUUCAUCCUCCUUUUAACUUAAAAUGUUGUGGAAUUAAUCAAUUUUUUAUGGUCAUUGUCCUUAAUUUUUUUGUGGCAUUGCAAUAUUUCUCAUUCUCUAUGCAGUGAAUGCUACCAACUCCACAGGAAACCUAAAUACUGCUGUUUGAUAAGCAUCCACUUCAAACAUGGAAUCCAAUGCAGUAAGACUUUGUUCUCUGGAUGUUGGUCAAUGAACAAAGUGUCAAUGUGAUUUCCUCAGGAAAUAUAAUUCAAAAGAUGGUGUGAAGAGGGCAGAGAACGAGGUAUGUCCUCUCUCAAGAACCAGUUACCUACAUGAAAAGACCACAAGAAAAACUCUGGGAGGAAGGCAGCUGUCGGAGAGUGUAUUGGUCAUUUAUAUGGAGCUUGAUGUGCCUUGUUUUACUUCAACAUUUUUCAUUAAUGGGCAUUUAUGACAAAAACAGCUUUGCAACAAAAUAAGAAUAAA